AUGUUAUGGGCCUCAUGGACUACGCUUGUUCCAACGCUGCUUGUUUCUUGCGCCGUUCUGUCCUGGUGGUUCAGUGAGCCCAAGACUGUUCAUCUCAACCUCAUCGUCGCAAUCGGCUGCAUCCUCUUCUGUUGGGCCGUCGCUCCCGAGCUGACUCGCGACUUCCCUGCCUCGCUAUACGCCUACCUCAGGACCGCCAUCCACGAAUAUCAGUUCGACCGCGUGCUCCUGAGGAAUGCCACAAUGAUUGUCACCAGUGCAGCCUUGUUAUGGCUGCUCCGGAGAGCCGUCCAGACACUAUGGAAGCCCGUGCCCGAACUCAUCAGCAUUCUCGGCGUCGAGGUGCCCGACCCGCCAGAUGUCUCGUUGACGGCCAUUGGGGUUGACAAGGCGACUGUCGCGUGGACUCGGCCACAGGCCAAUCGGCCUGUGCAGAAGUUCCUGAUCCAAGUCAACGGUGUCAAUGUGGGCGAGUCUGCCACGAAUCAAGAUACAUUUAUCACGGUCUCGGGACUGAAACCUGACCACUUCUACAACGUGCGCGUUAUCGCCGUGGGAUCGAACAACUUCCAGGCAGGGAGCCGAGUGAUCCGACUCCGGACUUUUGGCACUGACGGGCGGCCGCAAUUGGGUACCUCGAGACUGCCAUCCAGUUUCUCCGCCGAGGACCUCCCAUCUCGCCCGGGGGACCAGUCUGACGAGCCCACUUCGAAAGGGCAGGUCACUACGAUUGCCACUCCGAUUCCGGCUGAAACAACUGCAGCCCUCGCGAGAGAAGGCAGUGCCCCGUCAACAGCAGGCUCCAGGCGGAAUACAAUCAACAGGAAACAUUCGCCGUCAACCACCAGUCUCGAUCGUCAGUCGAUCAAAGAAGAAGGCGAUGAUCCCUCGGAAGCUCAGAUGGCAGAACUGAACCAGAAGUAUCUUGGCCUACGCAGGGAAACCGAGGAGACCGCCGCCCUCAUCGCCAAGGAGGAGGAGGAUAACAAGCGAUUGCUUGAUGAAUUGGAAGCCGAGAAGAAGGGGAGGAGGCGGGAGCAGAAAAAGAAGGAAGAGCAGACCGAGAAGUUGAAGAGGGAGCAAGGCACCACGGACAGGACAAUGCGCAACGCUCUCCAGCGAAAGGCGCAGAAGGAAAAGCUGCUCAAAGAAAGACAGGCCGAGCUCGCCAAAUACCACGACAAUGUCGCCAAGUGGGAAAAGGGCAUCGUGGACAUGCGCAAGGAGCAGGAGAGCUACGUCGAGCAGAAGGACGUCCUGGAGGAAGAGCGGAAUGAGAAAGUCGAGUCCCUCCGGGAGGCGAACCAGGAUCUCCAACAGGAAUGCGCGCGCCUAGAGCAAGAGCUAAAGGAGAGACGGCAGCAGGUGAAGGAGCUGGAGGAUGCCAGGAAGAAGCUUCCCGGCGGCGAAGAGGAUUCAGAAACCCGCGAGAAGAAUCUGGAGCUCCGUCGCGAUUGGCAGCGGAGGGAGAUGGGUUACCGGGAGAUGAUCAUACACGAGAACCGGAGGGAGAUCCAUCUCGACCGACACAUCAACGCGCUCUCCGCCCAACUCCAGCAAAUUCCACAGUCUACCUUUGGCAUGUACAACCAGGCGAACUCAUCUGGUAUCGAUUUCGAUAGUGCAUCGCACAACCAAAUCAAACGCCGAAGUCACAACAGCAAUUCGCUGUCGAACGCCAACGUGUCGUCCCCGCCUCAGCUCUUUUCCAUGGCCGAGUUGCCGACCUUCAAUACGACUACGAGGACUGCUGCUCCGGGCUUCGCUCCGGGGCCUUUCAUGGGCCUUUCUGCGGAUCUCCAGUCCGAAGCGGAGGAAGCAGGCCUGCGAGCGUUGCUUGGCGAUGCGCCUCUGAGCCCUACUGCUACUUCACUAUUGCCGUCCAACAUUUUUGCCGACGACGAGCCUCCAAGUCCCACUGCUGGCAAGCUCCAGAUCAGUCCGUUUAUCCCCUCCAUUUCCCCAGACAACGAGCCACAGUCUCCGGCUUCUUCAGGGCCCGCCCUCAGCAUCCUGUCCAGUCCACAAGGAUCCGCCCACAACCUGCCAUUCUCACAACGUGCUGGUGAUGCCAGCGAGCGAGGUUCGUUGCGUGGCUCCUUGCGAGGACCAAUGUCAUCGCCGAUUGCCCCUCCUGGGGAGACAUUGCCACCGAAGUUCGGAUUCCUAUCCUCUCUGCAGCGGACGAGGACUGGCAAGGGCAUCGAUGAAGGCCCCGCUCUAGGCUCGCUCAAGGCGGGUCAAAGCCAGUCUUUUCCAAGGCAAGGCGACGAAGGGGAAGGCGCCAAGCGACGGAUCAGCCUUUCGUCCUGGAACAUGUUCAACCGCAAUUCCACUGGACCUGAACUCAUCGAAGGCCAAGUCAGUCAGCCGUCCCGAGGUUUCUCGGCCAGGAGCCUCUUGCCGUUCGGGACAAGGGCCACCAGCGGCAUCUUCUCUGAACGAGACCCAAGCAGCCCUAGGCCUGCAUCGAUAGCAUCCUCAGAACUACCGAGGCCUUCGACGGAUAGCAACUCUAUUUGGGGGCCUCCGGGCGAUAGCAUGGGCCUGCCGAAGCCCUCCCGCCUCUGGUCUCCAGACAAUGCCUGGUCUCGAAACCCGUCUCGCCGACCCUCUAUCCACGGAUCUCCAUCGGCUCUCAAGACCAACUUGGCAUCUGCUGAAGAUGAGAUCCUGGAUGAUGACGCGCUUCUUGACCCGCAGGCCUCUCCCAGUCAGGUGGGCGUCAUCGGCUCUCGCCCUCCAGCCGGCAUGAAGGCAUUACCGAAGAGCCUGAACCCCACUGCACCGACAUUCAUGACCAAUCUAUUCCGGCCAAAGACAGACAAAGACAAGGAAGGAGGCAGAGAUAAAGAGAAGAGCAAGGGAAAAGAGAAGUCCAAGGACAGACUGAAGGAAAAGGGCAAAGGCAACGAUGCCUCCCUUACGCCUACGCUUUCCGUGGAUGAGUCUCCGUCCGACUCGCGCAAAUCCCGAGAUGGCUACUCUGUCCAUACGCAGACCUCGGUCUCGGUGUCAGAGUCGCGUGAGUCGCUAUCUCUGGAUCAGUCUUUGUCCAACACGCCGUCGGAGUCGAAUAACGGCCUCGGCUAUUCAGCCAAGGACCCGGAGAAUGCUUUCAGGAAGCUCUUCAGAAAGGACAGCACCAGCAAGCUCAGCUUCUCACAGCGGCUCCGCAAGGGCAAGGGCCCUGGGAGCGUGACGAACUCGGAGAAGAAUAUGGCAGCUGACCGGUCCAGCAUUGGGGACAUGGACGAGGGUGAUGAGAUCGUGCUGGGUCGAAGCUACGACAGCGUGACAAGCAGCCCUUCCCUGGCGCCGUCCAAGUCUAAGGAGAAGGUGGAAAGCAAGCUCAAGUCUUCAGGAUCAUGGUUCGGUAUUAAGAAAAAGCCGAAGGAAAAGGAGAGCCUGGAGAUGGAGCGCGAGAGGAGCGUCGAUGCUGAUGCAGAGGAAGACAAAAAGUCGCAGGCUUGA